AUGAUGUAUGGGCAUGAUCGCACCUACCAUGCCCUGAGAGUUUGCUCUACAACAUGGGGUGCAGCUCAUUUAGAUGAACUCGUUACCAAGAUCUGUAGUGGCCUAGAAUCGUUGGAAGAUGUCCUAAGCUGGGCUACUACAAAUGCCAGCAGUUGCAGUAUCCCAAUAUACAGGUCACUGUCCAUCCAGGAAAAUGUCAAACAGAUUGUCACUGUGGAGAUCCUAAAAUCGUUUUUGUACAACAGUGAUGCAGGAUCCAUGCAGACGAUGAUGCUGGCUGGAUGGUUGGGUCGAGACAUCAAUGUACACUCCACAAUGCCAGGCAUACCACAAAUGCGCAAAUUUGAUCCACUGCCAUCAUCCCCUCGACCACUGCUAGAACCACUUGAUAUUUUGUUUGUACCAUCUGACUAUCACAGAAAUCCUCCCGUGUAUAACCACUACCAGCCCUUCCCGGCAUUUAGCGACGCAGAGAGAGUACUCAUUGAAAAUGAGUGUGCGGCUAGCUACCAAGACCCCACAUGUUGCAAUGGGGAAGGAAUCAGCCAACAGGUCAAUUGGGUAAUGUGUGAUAGCUGUAGGCGAUGGUAUCACAUGACCUGUGCUGGUGCCAAGGGGAAGGAUGAUUUCUUUUGUGGUUGCAACAUGAAGCUAGACCACAAAAAAUUGGUGAUGCCAGCAUACCCAAAGACAAGACUUGCUGCCUAUGUAGCAAACAAGAAACAUGAAAUUCAGGAUUUGUGCUCCAAGCUGAUCAGUAAGAAAUUGCCUUCUUGGCGUUAUAACAUCCUUGCAAAGGAGGCAGAGAGGAGGCACUUGUCUACGCAUAUGAUAACACUCCCAUUCCGUAUGCAGAUGGUUUGCUCAUCAAUGUCAGGCAUAUCUGUCCUGAGGGAAAGCUCAACAGAGUUGGUCCUUGACUGCGUAAGGAAUUUGCGGGAGGUCAGCGAGGACUUUGCUCAAUUUGUACUUUUUCCUGAGGUGCUGAUAUAUUUAUUCAUGGACUUAGACAAGACCACCCGACUGCAAGCGGAGCAAACACUUUCAACAUGGAAACGAUGA